AUGGCCCUCCUUUCCGCUCUCAAAAGGUUUUCAAGUGCCAGACCACCGUUGGUGGAUGUUGCCCUUGCGGCAUUAUGGCUCAUACUGUGCCAACUUGCCGCUCUUUACUCCUGGAGAGAUCCCGGCUCCUUCUUCUUCGACUCCGAGAAAGCUGCUAAGCCUCUAUAUUCAGCCAUCAGGGAGUCUGAGGCUGAUGAAUUCAUUCAAAAGGCACUAAACGCAUCGGCAACGUCCCAACAGCCUGACCUCCAACACGAAAGACACCCGAACUCCCCCUACCUGGACAGCUAUAGUGCCGCGCGGAUCUGUGCAGGAAUACCCACCAAGGGACGAGAGAAAGAACAGUUCCUGCCACGAACCAUCGCGUCCCUUGUCGACACCUUAUCCCCAGAGGAACGAAAGUCACUCCAUAUCAUCAUUCUUAUCACCGAAGAGAACCCCGAAGCAAACCCCGCCUUUGGCCAGUCAUGGCUCUCAAACAUGGCCGACGAAGUCCUUCUCUAUUCGCCCGUUCCGAAAUACCUCAACCCCGAUACCUAUAAAUACAUCGACGAGAAUAAGCCUAGCAAGAGCGCCGAGCGAAAUGAACAUGUACAGAUGGAUUAUGCGACAUUGAUGGAGACAUGCCAGAAACAAGGGGCAGACUACUUCUUGCUAGUAGAAGACGACAUCAUCGCCUCUCGAGAUUGGUUAUCCAAGUUGAAUAGUGCGCUUCACCUACUUGAGGCUUUACCCGUUCCCAAUGAUUGGCUUUACCUUCGGCUCUUCUAUACCGAACUCUAUCUGGGGUGGAACGGAGAGGAAUGGCAUAUAUACAUUCCUCGGAUUCUUCUCGUCUACGCCCUGGUCGGUGGUAUCCUCCUACUUGGCCGAGCGCUCCGGGGCCGAUACACCAAGAAGCAAUCACCAUGCCAUGCGACUUACAUAGUGCGAUUCCACAUUUGGUUCAUAGCUUUCACGGCGCUGUUCUUCAUGGCCGGUCGCGUGACAGUCAUACCAAGGUCCGAAGGAAUCCGAGAGAUGAACAACUACGGCUGCUGCGGACAGGGCCUGGCGUUUCCAGCACAUCACCUAGACAUGCUGGAGGAGAAACUGAGAGCGCCACCGCACCAUGCCCCCGGUGACUCUUUUAUCGAGAUUAUUGCUGACGAGAUGAACCUCAAGAGAUGGGCGAUGGAGCCGAGUGUGUUCCAGCAUGUCGGGGUUCGCGGAAGCUCGGAAAAGGGAGGGCCUCGGAAAGACCUUUGGAAUUAUGGGUUUGAGACUUGA